AAGAAAAAUUAUGAGAGAAAUACUGUUAUUGUGGGUGUUUAUUUUUUUCUUAGCAAAUGAUUGGUGUUUGUGCUAUUCUAGCUGUUUGAAUGAAGAAAGAAAAGCUCUUUUGAAACUCAAAGAAAACAUAAAUUACACAAAUGCUUCAUAUUUUUCAUCAUGGAUAGCUAAUGAAAAUUCAAAUUGUUGUCAAUGGGAAGGAAUUAUUUGUAGCAACAUUAGCAACAGAAUCAUUCAAUUGUCAAUUUCUGUAAAAACACUUGUUAAAAAAGAUGAAUUUGGGAUUUAUGGUUCAAAUACUGAUAAUUGGGGAAAUUGGCAAUUUAAUGCAUCUCUAUUUCUUCCUUUUAAAAAUCUCAAAGUUCUUCGCCUUCGUGGACAUGCUUUGGCUAAUUGGACUCCCAAUGAAGGUUUUGAUAAACUGAACAAACUCGAAAGGCUUGAUUUGGCUGGGAACAACUUUAAUCGCAGCAUAUUCAUGUCUCUUAGUCGACUUACAUCUCUCAAGUCAUUGAAUCUGGGAUCUAACAACCUUCGAUCAGGUAUUGGAAGAUUGUCGGGGUUAAGCAAUCUGGAGAAGUUAGAUUUAAGCAGUAACUUUUUGAAUGAUGAAAGUGUUCACUCUGCUCUAGAUAUAAAUACAUCUAGUACAACGUUGAAAAAGCUUGAUAUAAGGAACAACAGAUUUCAAAGCUUUAUGCCAAAUGAAGAUUUGGGAACUCUGAGAAACUUGAAGUAUUUACUUUUGGAUGGGAAUGCAUUGGACAAGAACUUUCUACAGAGCAGCGGUGUAAUGUCGUCCCUUAAAGUAUUAUCGUUAUCUAACUGCAACCUGAAUGGAACUUUACCUAUUCAAGAAUGCAGCAUGGGUGGAAACUUUCCAAAUUGGUUGUUAGAGAACAAUCCUAGACUUGAAGAACUUUACUUGGAUGGAAAUGCGUUUACUGGAACUCUUCGAUUCUCAUUCCUUCCUAAUCUGAAAACUUUUGAUAUCUCAAACAACAAGAUUCAGGGACAACUUCCUCCCAACAUCGGAUCCGUUUUGCCUAAUAUGUUGAGGUUACAAAUGUCCAAAAAUAUGCUUGAAGGCAUGUUGCCGUCAAGUUUUGGUGACAUGAAAAAACUGCAAUGCUUGGAUUUGUCAUACAAUAAGUUAUCAGGAGACUUACCGAUUGAAUUGGCUCGUAAUGGAUCCAAGUUAUUCUUUCUGAGACUGUCGAAUAACAUGUUGGAAGGGGAAAUAUUUCCAGUGUCAACUGACAUCAACAGUUUCAAAUACUUAUACUUGGAUGGAAACAACUUCUCAGGCUCAAUUCCACGGAAAUUGUCCUCUUCUCCGUUGAGUUCUCUGGAUUUAAGUAACAACAAUUUGUCCGGAAAUGUACCCUCCUGGAUUGGUUACAUCCCCUCAUUAACCUCUCUCGCGUUAUCUAAUAACAAUCUAAAGGGUCCUAUUCCAGUAGAUUAUUGUAGACUUGAAGGACUUGAGGUGUUAGAUCUCUCUAGAAACAACAUUGUUGGUGCGGUUCCAUCAUGUUUCCGUGCUUCCAAAAACCUUAAACGUGUCUAUUUGAGCGAAAACAAUUUACAAGGGCAUUUCAACAUGUUCUCAAAUAGCUCGGGUUUAACAGUAUUGGAUCUUGGAGAUAACAACUUCAGUGGUUCAAUUCCAAAAUGGUUAGGCAGUGCUUUUGAAAUAACCACCUUGCUCUUGAAAGGAAAUCAUCUUCUAGGCACAAUUCCUACAGAGCUAUGUCAUGCAAGUAAAGUGAGAAUUAUGGAUCUUUCUUAUAAUAAUCUCUCGGGACCUAUUCCUUGUUGCGUUGGGAACAUAAUGCAAUUAACAGGGGCCAGAGAAAUGUACCCAUAUGGUCCAAGAUUUUACUUUCCGGGAUUCCAAACGUGGGGAAGAGAUGCCAUGGUAUAUGUAGAAGAUUCAAUGGAAAGAUCCACGAUUCAUUUUCAAGUUAACUAUGCAUGGGUUGGAGCAGACUUUACGACCAAAUAUAAUACCUAUUCCAACGAAGGUAAAGUUGUUGAUGAUAUGUAUGGAAUUGAUCUUUCUUCCAAUCAGUUAAGUGGUGAAAUACCUAAGGAACUCAGUAAUCUUACCAAGAUUCGUGCGUUAAACUUGUCACAUAACCACAUAACUGGAACAAUACUAUCAGAAUUCUCGAAUCUCAAGAAUAUCGAGAGUCUGGACCUAUCAUACAACAACUUGACUGGGAUGGUUCCCACUCAACUUCUUGAGUUGACAUCUCUAGCAGUUUUUAACGUGGCACAUAACAAUUUAACUGGUAGGACUCCACAGCGUGUUGCGCAGUUUGCAACUUUUGAUGAAAGCAGUUAUGAGGGGAAUCCGUUUCUUUGUGGUCUUCCGUUACAUAACAUUUGCAUAGAGACUAAAGAGAUACCAAUAUCACCUCCUGAGUUAGAUUGUUGCGAAGACGAUACUGGUUUUCUAGAAAUGGAGUCAUUCUAUAUUUCAUUUCUUGUGGCAUAUGCAAAUGUGGUGGUUGCACUGGUUGUAGUACUUUGUGUAAACCCCUAUUGGAGAAGUGUCUGGUUUAAUUAUGUUGAGUAUUAUAUGUAUUCUUGUUACUAUUCUUUUGCUUCCAAAUGUACACGACAUUAAAAGUUUAUGUCAAUUAGUUACACUUCAUUAUGCAAAUUGUAUGUUUGAGUUGUUCUUGGUACCUAUCAAGUUUAUUAAUACUAGUAGAAACUUUAUUUAUUUGGAGAUAAGAAUUUCAUGGUUCAAUUCCAAAAUGGUUGGGCAAAUUAAA